GGUGUGUAGGUGGGAAGACGAGAGAGCUGAGAGGCCCGCCUUUCUUGACCCCACAAAGUCUCUCUCUUCCACCCUCUCUCUCUCUCUCUCUCUCUCUCUCACUCUGAGCCUCUCACCUGCAAAGUGGAAUCUCUCUCUGACUGUGUCUCCUCUUUCGCUUCUUUCUCUCUCUCUUUUUCUUUCUUUUGCCAAUAUCACUGAAAGAGAGAGGGAAGGAGGAAAAAAGAAAAAGAAACAAAAAAAAAUUUAAGAACAUAAAAGACCCAAAAAGAGCUGCAAAGUUUUGAUCUUCAAUUUUGUGGAAACUGCUGGCAUUUUGAAAUGGGAAUCGUUGCUGAAGACGCGGUCAAUCAGUUCGAAGCAUUGAUGAACCAGGUUGACGAGCCUCUGAAGAAAACAUUCCAGAAUAUUCAUCAAGGAUAUCCAACUGGAACUCUGGUGCGUUUUCUAAAAGCAAGAGAAUGGAAUGUUCCCAAAGCCCACAAAAUGUUGGUGGAUUGCCUAAACUGGAGGGUGGAAAAUGACAUUGACAAUAUUUUGGCAAAACCUAUAGUUCCUACUGAUUUGUACAGAGGAGUGCGUGAUUCACAGCUCAUAGGAUUGUCAGGUUACACAAAAGAGGGCCUUCCGGUGUUUGCUAUUGGCGCAGGGUUCAGCACCUUUGACAAAGCAUCUGUUCACUACUAUGUGCAAUCACACAUUCAAAUCAAUGAAUACCGGGAUCGUGUAAUUUUGCCUUCUGCAUCAAAAAAGCAUGGGCGACAUAUUACUUCUUGUGUGAAGGUCUUAGAUAUGACUGGCCUAAAGCUUUCAGCACUGAGCCAGAUAAAGCUACUGACUAUUAUGUCAACCAUCGAUGACUUGAACUACCCAGAGAAGACAAAUACAUAUUACAUUGUAAACGCCCCAUAUAUAUUUUCAGCAUGUUGGAAGGUUGUCAAGCCUCUUUUGCAGGAAAGAACAAGAAAAAAGAUUCAGGUCUUGCCAGGUUGUGGACGAGAUGAGCUGCUAAAGAUAAUGGAUUAUGCAUCCCUCCCCCAUUUCUGUAGAAGAGAAGGCUCUGGAUCAUCCCGCCAUUCAGGGAAUGAAACUGAUAAUUGCUAUACCUUGGAUCAUCCCUUCCAUCAACAGCUUUAUAACUACAUCAAGCAACAAGCCUCAAUUAUUGCACCGGCUGGACCAUAUAAACAGGGGUCUAUUCAUGUGCAUCUGCCCGAGUCAGCUGCAGAAGAAUCAGAGAUUGCUAAAACCAUAGAAUCUGAGUUACAGAAGUUUGGGAAUCAGACUAGGCUCACAGACUCAUUGGAUGCCCUGAAAGUCAGUGAUAACAGAAACUAAAGAGAUCAUUUCCUCAUUGGCAGCUGCUAGACAAGGGAUAUGCAUGUCACUUCUGCCAUGGGGGGGCUUCAACUAUUAUUUGUAGUCGUAGCAGCUCACUUUAUCUCAGAGUGAGUUUUGCUAUCUCAAGCUAAUUAUAUGUACUUGAUAUUUUAUCCACGGGCCUUAAUGGUGUAAGAAAAAGGCACCUAAGAAUAGUAAUCCAUGUAUCUCUACCUGCACAUCUUGUAAGUUAAUUUCGGGAAAUUCUGUUCUAGCCCUCAACUGUUUCAGGCUUCCAUGUUUGCCAGGGACAGUGAGGAAGGUGCAAUAUAAACUGUCAAUGUUCUGGGUCUCU